AUCUGCUCAAACGAAAACGAAAUGAGGGAGGGCAUGAGGGGAGAGCCAUGGAGAGGAGGGGGCAGUUGGCUACGAAACUAAUCGGAUUAUGGGACUACAGUUUAUCGAGUGCCUGUUUUUCUACUCUACGCGUUAGCUGGGUGAGUGAGGCUCUUUUACUUUGGGUACUGCGUGUCUAUUGUUUUCUGUCCUAAUGAGGAACACAUUUUUUUCCCGUACUGAUGAUGACAUAACAAGAGUUGGCGUAACUCUCGGUUUACUUCGUGUCGGGAAAGGGGGAUGUUGACUGUUGAAUUGCACUUUAAAUCACGAACAUUUAAUUUUCUCACUGCUCCAGACGUGAUGGAAAAACUUUCUGUGUUUUAUAAAAUGAACAAAAACAAUCAACUUUUGACUCCGGUGAAGGCUACAACCCGGUGUAGUUUAGGUUGGUAUUCCAGGGACAGCGCAGCGAUAUGAUUUCAUGUUAAUUUCUCUCUGGGAUGCUGGAGUUGGACUAUUAUCAAGGGAAUAUUCCUCAACGGAGUAGGAUCAGCAGUUUGCCUGUUAGAUCACAUCACAACGAGUUGCCAAACCUUCACUGUCAUUCCAUUUCCAGGCUCUUUGCAAAGUUCAACUCAUACUCCGCGUUGAUGUUGGAAAAAACGUCCACGUGCUCUUCGCCCGAGAUCCCCCCGUUCUCCCCCCCCGAGGAGGACAGCCACCUAGGGGGUUAGAUGGUGCUGAUCACGGAUGAGAGAGACGGAGGUGGCUCCUCUACUACGGUCCGAGUCAAACAGCAGCAGCAGAACCCCAAAGGCGCCAGCGGCAUCGCCCAGGUCCAUCCGACCAUUACCGAGGAAUCACCGUCCUUAUCAGACGAUGACUCAUACCUCGGGUCCUGCGAGUCAGAGGGGGAUGAGUACGAGGAAAACGACGAUUUCUCGUUAUUACCGGACAGUAAAAGUAUCGCUUCGGACGACUCCUUUUACCCACCGGACGAUGUGUUCGCGGACAACGAGCGGACCCCCUCUCCACCGAGUCCCGAGCCGCUGACGUUCUUCCAGGCGUGUUGCACCAACAACGCCACGAUAGUCCGGAUCAUGAUCCGACAAGGUGUGGGGGUAGAGGAGGUGAGGGAGACGGAUAAAAACAACAGGACGGGGCUGAUGGUGGCGUGUUACCAGGGUUACGUUGAUGUUGUCAUAGCGCUGGCCCAGUGUUCUCACCUGGAUGUCAACUGGCAGGACAAGGAGGGGAACACUGCCCUCAUCACCGCUGCCCAGGCAGGUCACAUAAUGAUCAGUAACUACCUGUUGAACUACUUCCCUGGUCUGGACAUAGAGAGGAGGAACUGUCAUGGCUUCACUGCUCUGAUGAAGGCUGCUAUGCAGGGCAAGGUGGAGUGUGUACGAGCCCUGAUGCUAGCAGGAGCUGACAUGGAGAUGAGAGACUUUGGUCGUAAGCUGACCUCCAGAGAGUGGGCGCUCUUCACGGGACGCUACGAAACCGCCUGGGCCAUGACACGCCUCCUCUCCCGACCCUGUCCUUAUCAACUGUGUGACGCUUACAGUCCAGAGUGGCCUCAGCUGGCGUCUCUAGUAUCUAAGGCCCGGGAGCCUCGAGGCUGUAUGCAGCGUAUAUCAGACACCAUACGGAACGCUCUGACAUUCGCUAACAUCACAGAGCCUGACGACGAAGGAGUCUUAGAUCACCUAGUCACCGUGACAACAGCCCUAGGGAGCCCCUUUGUGGCGCUGGCGUGUACCACCGUGUGUCCGUCAAGCCCGCCCUGCGUGGGUAAACGUCGUUACUCCGUCCCGGAGAUCCUCCGACGCCAACGGGCCAAAGAACUGAAAACCCAGAACCCUGAGAGGCUCGACGACCACCGCAAACUCUUCCAGAAUUCACGGGUCACUCUGGUGCCUAAACCUCCAAAGGAUCGGCGGUCCAGCCUCCCGCCGCAGAACAAAAGCCCCACCACGACUAACCCUAACCUGGGUACGGUGUCUGGAUCUGGGGCCGUUUCCUCGGUGGCCCUGCGUAGAGCUAGCCUGCUGCCUCUGGGUAUGGUGAGACGUAGUAGUGUACGACCAGGGCUGUCCAUUCCCAAGGUGAGAAUCACUAAGGCCCCAACGCCAACCUAUGAACCUGAGAGAGUCCGCAGGAAGAGUAGCUUUAAAGACGGAGCGGGCGACUUCCUGCAGCUCCCAAAGUGGAGGUAUAAAGAACUGAAGGAGGAGAGGAAGAGAGCGGAGGAGGCAGAGAGGAGAAGGGUGGAGGUGGCCACGAGACGGCACCUGGCUGUCGGGAAGAGGAAAUGACACCACAAGAGAAAGUGAUGUCACUCCACCCUUUCCUCCACUGUUGCCAGGCCAGUAGAUAGUGUUCAGAGGGGGUUGGAUACUUGAAAUGUUUGAUGUUAACUUAUUUUCAUAUUUAUUUUGCUUUCUUUGGAGUAAAAGUGACAGCGCUUUAUUUUGUAAUGCAUUUCCUUCACAAAAUCAGCAGUAUUUUAAUAGGGUGAUUUCUGUAUUACCUGGAACUUACCCAGGUUACAAACCCAUAUGACCUGACUGACUACAGAUAAUGUUUCACUGAUAUAUCUGACACAUCACCAUUGGAAACUUUAUUGCCUAAAAUUGACACAAUAAGCGUCGGGAAGGGUUUGAAUGGGACAAAUAAGAAGUGUUACAAUAUUGCGUAGCCUAUACAACCAUUGAGUAAAAGCCUCCCAGCACGUCAAACUGAUUUACCGCCAAAGAUAAACAUAAGCUUUAUUUUAUAAGCAAUGGCAUUUGUCUGAGCAAUAAUAGUUUCUUUUUAGAUAGGCACCAUUGUAUGUUUAUAUUGGCUUUUUGAAAGCUUUUUUAAUUCUGUGAAUGUAUUUUGCAUAUAGAUUGUACUGAAAGGUUGCUGGAUCGAAUCCCCAAGCUGACAAGGUAAAAAUCUGUCGUUCUGCCCCUGAGCAAGGCAGUUAACUCACUGUUCCCCGGGCGCCGAAGAAGUGGAUGUGGAUUAUGGCAGCACCUCCACACCUCUCUGAUUCAGAGGGGUUAAAUGCGGAAGACAUUUCAGUUGAAUGCAUUCUGCUGUACACCUGACCAGGUAUCCUCCUUUCAUCAGGUAUUUUCAAUAAGAGAUAUAAAAGGUGGCUUUUUUAAAUCCCUUUUUAUUUUCUACUAAAGUAGACAUUAAGAGAAUGUGAAUGAAAUGGUUUUUAAAGUCUGAAAGAAAUAUCCCAGCACUACACUGUUGUGAUGUGACACUUAAGGGCUCUAGUCAGUCCGUAUCGCUGAAAGCAUUACGGAUUAUGCGAUAGACAUUAAGGUCAUUUCCGAUUGAGCCGACAUAUGCAGUGUUUACCGUGAAUGCAGCCGCUGCUAAUACGAGAACAUUGCUUUUGCAUCACUUCCAUGAUACGGAUUGAAUAGAGCACAUUAUCUAGCAUGUGGGGGGGAAACUGGAACAAUAUCCUGAAAUGUUUGCAUAUUAUGAAUGAGAUCUACAUAUUGCUACACUGACCUCAGAUCAGAGUGCUUAAUACAAACGUGUCCUUCGAUGACAAUAAGACAGAACAGAGGUCAUAAGAGUAAGGAACUAUUCCAUGUAACUUGGUUCAGACAUUUAAUAGAAAAUAAUUGAAGAAAAUAGCUGGAGGUAUGAACAUAAACAGCAACUGGAAAGCACUGAUAUUAUAUUAUUAUGGUAGGGAUUGAAGAGAAGAUCAUUUCACGGUAAUAACCCCAAGGACAGGACAGGAAGCUUUAAGUGCAAUCUUCAAGUGUGUCUAAUAGCCAUGGUGAUCAGUUGCUGUGGCGUUACCAGGGGGCAGUGGUUGGCCAAAUAAUAAUGUCUGUAAAUAAAUGGAGCGGGCUAUGCAGGAGUGUAACACUGAAAUGCUUCCCAGUGGAAGGUCAUCUUAACUUGAAAACGACAAAGUGCAUAUUUCGACUCGCCCCCAGACAUAUCGCUAAACACUCUAGCCAAAUUCUGUUUGCCCCAUCUCCUCAAAGUGUUCACUGGUGGAAACUCCCUAAACACUCUGCUUAUACAGUUGUUGUCAGAAGUUUACAUACAUUUAGGUUGGAGUCAUUAAAACUCAUUUUUCAACCUCUCCACAAAUUUCUUGUUAACUAUAGUUUUGGCAGGUCGGUUAGAACAUCUACUUUGUGCAUGAAACAAGUCAUUUUUUCAACAAUUGUUUACAGACAGAUUAUUUCACUGUAUCACAAUUCCAGUGGGUCAGAAGUUUACAUACACUAAGUUGACUGUGCCUUUAAACAGCUUGGAAAAUUCCAGAAAAUUAUGUCAUGGCUUUAGAAGCAUCUGAUAGGCUAAUUGACAUCAUUUGAGUCAAUUGGAGGUGUUCCUGUGGAUGUAUUUCAAGGCCUACCUUCAAACUCAGUGACCUUUUGUUUGACAUCAUUGGAAAAUUAAAAGAAAUCAGCCAAGACCUCAGCAAAAAUAAUUGUAGACCUCCACAAGUCGGAUUCAUCCUUAUGAGCAAUUUCCAAAUGCCUGAAGGUACCACAUUCAUCUGUACAAACAAUAGUACGCAAGUAUAAACACCAUGGGACCACGCAGCCAUCAUACCGCUCAGGAAGGAGACGCCUUCUGUCUCCUAGAGAUGAACGUACUUUGGUGUGAAAAGUGCAAAUCAAUCCCAGAACAACAGCAAAGGCCCUUGUGACAUUUCACAUUCUUAAAAUAAAGUGGGGAUCCUAACUGACCUACGACAGGGCAUUUUGACUAGGAUUAAAUAUCAGGAAUUGUAAAGAACUGAGUUUAAAUGUAUUUCGCUAAGGUGUAUGUAAACUUCCGACUUCAACUGUAUUUUUAGUUGAUGUGUGAACAAGUGUACACUUCUCUCAGGAACCCACACUGUUUUACAGAUUCACUAAAUGUUUCCAACACUGUUGGUUUGUUUGUUUGAGUGGUGAUGGAACCACAAGGGGACCAAAAAUAUCCAGGCCAAAUAUUCUACAUAAUUCUUGUUUUAUGGUGAAUAAAACCCUGACUGUUUUACAAGCUC